AUGGUGUUGAUUGAGCUUAAAAAUGGAGAAACAUAUAGCGGAAUCUUGGAUUCCUGUGACUCAUUUAUGAAUAUGCACAUGGUCAAUGUUGUUUGUACAUCAAAGAAUGGUACAGAGUUUUGGAAGUUAAAUGAAUGCUUUAUACGUGGAAACAACGUCAAGUCCCUGAGGCUGCCUAACGAAGUUGCAGAAAUCGCCAAGGAAGAAAAACCACAAAGUAAGAAUAUAAAUAUAAAUUUAUAUAAUAAUAAUUUUUCAGUAAAAAUACCAACAAUGCCAGCAUCCCUUCGCGGAAGAGGAAGAGGAGACCUUGGUGGAAUGAGAGGUAGAGGGAAGAUACCUUAUCCUUCGGGUAGAAGAUGA